AUUGGAAGCAACUAUCAGGUGAAGAAUAUAUGUUGAGAAAUGAUCGUAAUAAUGUGAUCCAAGAUCUUCAGGGUAAUGAAUCAAAAUUAGAUGAAUAUUAUCAUAUGCUUGAACCCUGGUGGCUACAAAGCAUGUCAUCAUUGUUGUCAACAGAUUUGGGACAUUCGCGAUAUUCGUUCGUUCUUGAUGAAAAAAAAGAAAAAUUGCUAUUAAUUGGAAACCAUUCAAUUCAAGUUUGGUAUGAUAAAGAAUCGAUUCAUAUACCUCAAAAAUUUCCUUGGUCAGGUGAAAAAAAUGCCAUUCGUACUGCAUUUUCAGAUCAUACUAUGUUGGCACUUUUUUUAGAAUAUUAUUCUAAUAACGUACUUGAAAAUAUUGGAUGGAUGAAUACAGUUGUAGACAUCAUACCAGAAUUAUAUAAGAGUAAUGAAAAAAAGAAUGAAAAAAGAGAAGGUGAUAAUAUUAAUGAGAAUGAAAUAGAUUUAAAACAAAACAUUAUACAUAAUAAAAAGAAUGGAAAAGAAAAAGAUGAUAAUAUUUAUGAGGAUGUAAUGGAUUUUAAAUCUGAAUCUUACGCAUAUCAUGCUCAAAAAUUAUUUUAUAAUCCUUGCUUUUGUAACAAGCCACUGGAUUUAUUAUCAUUCGAAUUUCUUGAAAUUUCACCAGCGUCAAAUGAUUUAUUAAAAGUUUUUAUACCUAUAACACAGUUGAUUCCACAGGAUUCUGAGUUGGAUUUACAAGAAAUCGAUUAUGAUAAAAUGGUUGAUAUUCGAAUGGUCCCUUUAACAGAUUUCACAACAAAAAAAAAAUCAUUAUUUGAUGUAAAAGAAAGCAAACGUACAAGCUUUCUAGACUUUUUAAAGUUUUUAAAUUUUCCUAACCAAUAUUUAUCUCAUGAAGUUUUUAAAGAGGAGGAUUACAGUCCCUUUAUUAGACUCAUUUGGAACCUCAUAAAAAAGGAUGAAUUCGAGAGUUUAUAUGAAAACCCAUCUAUGGGAGCUGUCAUGAAUUGGAUAUG